CACACUGCGACUUCUUCCUCUGAACGUCAGGAUGACUCGUGCCGAUUGCUUCUCCAAGCGCUCCAGCACCAAGCUCCUUGCUGCAGCGAAGCGUUUGCGCUGCAUUGCAGGCGUUGCAUUCAAUCGAGAGGGUUGAACAGGACAUCCUUGAAAAGACGGCUAGGGCAGCUGUAGAUCCAUACUCGAAGCUACCAUGGCUGCUUCCACGAGUGCUGCGUCCUUCUCGGCGGUCAGGUCCGCCGGCAUUCUGUCCAAGCAGCACAGCGCAUCUGGCAGCAGGACAGCCAGUGCGACCUGCAUUCCAGUCAGGGCCAGUGCUCAGAAGAGCUUGGCUUCCUUCAACGGGCUGAAGUCUUCAGCUGCAAAGCCUUACACGGUGGCCCACAGCCGCGAUGCAAGCUCUUCCUUCUUCUCAGCUGUUGCGGUCCAAGCUUCACGGCCGGCGGUGUCUGCUGGCGCCAGAAAGGGGGAGAUCGUUGCCCAGGAGAAGCUGAAGGUUGCUAUCAACGGGUUUGGGCGCAUUGGCCGGAACUUCCUCCGCUGCUGGCACGGACGCGAGAACUCUCCCAUCGAGGUGGUCGUCAUCAACGACAGCGGAGGUGUGAAGCAGGCUACUCACCUGCUGAAGUACGACAGCAUCCUGGGGACAUUCAACGCGGAUGUCAAGGUUGUGGACGACAGCACGCUCAGCGUGGAUGGCAAGAACAUCCAGAUUGUCAGCAGCCGCGACCCCCUCAAGCUCCCGUGGGCGGAGCUGGGGAUUGACAUCGUCAUUGAGGGAACCGGUGUGUUCGUUGAUGGCCCGGGGGCUGGCAAGCACUUGCAGGCCGGUGCCAAGAAGGUGAUCAUCACCGCCCCCGCCAAGGGCGCUGAUAUCCCCACCUAUGUGGUCGGUGUGAACGCCCAAGACUAUUACCAUGAGGUCAGCGACAUCAUCAGCAACGCUUCCUGCACCACCAACUGCCUUGCUCCUUUCGUGAAGGUCCUCGAUGAGAGCUUUGGCAUCGUACACGGAACCAUGACGACCACGCAUUCUUACACGGGCGAUCAGAGGCUGCUGGACGCCUCCCACCGCGAUCUGAGGAGGGCCCGUGCUGCUGCCCUCAACAUUGUCCCCACCACCACCGGCGCUGCGAAGGCUGUCGCCUUGGUCCUGCCCCAGCUCAAGGGCAAGCUGAACGGGAUUGCCCUGCGGGUGCCGACGCCCAACGUGUCCGUUGUGGACCUGGUCGUCAACACUGUGAAGAAGAACAUCACUGCUGAGGAGGUCAACCAGGCCUUCAGGGAUGCUGCGGAAGGCCCGUCGCGGGGCGUGCUGGCUGUGUCCGACCUCCCGCUGGUGUCCAUGGAUUUCCGGGCAACCGACGUCUCAUCCACGGUCGACUCGAGCUUGACCAUGGUCGUCGGGGAGGACAUGUUGAAGGUGGUGGCGUGGUACGACAACGAGUGGGGCUACUCACAAAGGGUGGUUGACCUCGCCCAUGUGGUAGCAUCAAAGUGGCCUGGUUUCAAGACGCCCGUUGGAUUCGUCGAUCCUCUGGAGGCUUUCUGCGCAUCCAGCCCUGACAGCGACGAGUGCCGGGUGUAUGAGGAUUAGGCUUAGAAACCUUGUACAGAGGUAGCCCGCCAGCAUUCCACGUACUGUAAACUGACGUCAUACUGCUUCAACCGAGGCCUGCUUUUGAUGAAUUGAAACGGAACAAGGCCCAAAAUAACUCAACGUGCAAGGUUAUUCAACGGGAGGGGUCGAAAGAGUUCCCUUGUGCUCUAGUAUACGUGGUGCGGUCGGAUGCAUACCUCGUAAGCAUACCGAGCCUGGUAUCUUUUGCAUCCUCAUAAGGUGGUGGCCAAGCAUUUAACCUUCGUGUUGAUGAAUUAUGGUCGGUUGCAUGCUUGGGGAUAUUAGCCAUCGUAUGGCUGGUUUGCGCCCCCUGUUUCAGAGCUAAAAUCC